AUGAUAGUAACACAAGUUAUGACCGAUGAUGAAGAUAAUAAUGAUGAUGUCCUUGAUUUAAGUGUUAAAAAGAAAUCUUCAUCAUCAAAUAAUGAAAUAAUUCUUAAACAAAAUCAAAAUUUAUCUAGUUUACUUUCUCCAUUAUCAUCAGCAUCUUCAACAUCAUCAUCAUUAAUCAUAUCACCAAAACAAAAUCUACCAACUAACAAACGAAUGUUAGACACAUCAACCACAAUAAAAGCUCAACAAACAGGAACAAUACCAUCAAAUAAACGACCACUUCGUUUUCAAUGUAAACAUUGUGAUUAUAAAGCACCAUCCACAUCACUUAUGCAAAACCAUAUUUAUCGUCAUACAGAUUUAACACCAUAUGCAUGUGCAUAUUGUGGUCAUAAAUCAACAACAAAAUCAACAAUUAUGGUACAUAUUGAACUUUGUCAUCCUAAUAUGGAAGUUAAAAUUAUUGAAAAUCGUGUACGAGAACAAGAUUUUUAUCGUGAUUUAAAUAAUUCAGAAAUACAAUCUGUAUCAAUUUCAAAUAGUACUACAACAACAACAACAACAGCACCAUUAACAUCAUCACCAGCAACAACACCAACGCCAACAACAACACAAGAGCCACAAGUUAAAAGACAACGUCGUUCGAAUCAAUAUGAUAGUGAUGCAGCACCAAUAAAUGGUGUUGCUAUAUCAUUAAAAGCAAUUGUCGAUGAUGAAAAUGAAUCAUCACGAGCAAGUGAUGAUACUAGUGAAACAGAAAAUCUUGAACCGAUUUUAUUCGAGAAUGAUGAACAAAGAACAGAUACAAAUAUUUUUGAAUCAUCACCAACUAUGGUUAAACCAACACUAAAAUUUAAACUUACAUCUCAUCAAAUACCUAUUGUUGAAUCAACCACAUCUGCUUCAAAAGAAUCAGAUUCUGAUGAUGGUUCAGAAUAUCUUCUUGUUUAUAAUCGUCCUAAACAGUAUUAUGGUUCAUUAUAUGAACCAGAUAAACAGUAUGCAUGUAAAUUAUGUUCAUAUACAACAAACCAUCGACCAAGCAUGGAAGAUCACGUAUUUGUACACACAAAUGAGAAGCCAUAUAAAUGUGGUUAUUGUGGUGAAGAAAUUUUUACUCGUUAUGCAGCAACUUAUCAUAUAAAAUAUAAACAUGCUGGUAUGGCACGUAAUUUUAUUCAAAAUAAAGCCGAUGUAACACAGUAUUAUGUCAAUCGAGCUAAAAGAGAUGAUGAAAAAAAUCAAUUUAAAGUAAUUGAUACACGUCGUGUUAAAGUUCCAUCACGUAAUGGAAAAUCAGUAAAUAAUCAACAAAAUAAAAUUGAAUCACCUGUUGAACAUUCUAUUCCAAAUGUAUCUUCACCAUCGCCAUCAAAUGUAGUUAUUUCAACUCCUCCACAAACACCAAUAUCAAAACCAACAAUUCCACCAUCAAAUCCUGCUGCACAGACAUCAACAGGUCAACCAGACUAUCGAUUUUUAUUAGCUUGGUCUUAUUAUUUAGCAUCACAAGCUGCUUGGCUUCAACCUUUGUUACAACAACAAGGUCAACAACUUCCACCUUCUCUACCAACUGAUCCUGAAGCAGCUGCAAAAUUUUUACAACAAGCUAUGCAGACAGCUAUGGAACCUUUAAUAGCAGGACAAACAUCAAAUAAUAAUAAAAAUGAUGAUAAUGAUGAUGAUGAUGAUGAACAAAUUGAAACUGAACUUGAAUCAGAAACAUUAGUUGUUAUUAAACAAGAAGCGAAUGAAUCGUAA